AAAGGCCUGCAUCAGCCUUGAGGUCACAGAAGGAGCCCUCCCCCAUCCCUCCUCUUGCUCUCCUGGCCCCCAGCCUGGGGGCAGGCAGCCCCCACCCAUGGUGCCCUGGGCCACCCUGGCCCUGGUGGGCAUGAACCUGGCCCUCUUCUGGCACCCUCUCCAUGCCCCCGGGGCUGCCUGCCUGAGCGUGAAGACGGUGUGGGACCGGGGCCAGUGGCAGAGGCUCUUUCUGGCCCCCUUCCACCACCUGGGUCCCGCCCACCUCCUCAUGAACAUGGCUACGCUCCUGUGGCUGGGCAACGGGGUGGAGCAGGAGGUGGGCAGCCUGCGGACGGGGGUCCUGCUCCUGGCCUUGGCCCUCGUGGGGGGGCUCUUCCACCUGGCGCUCAACACCCUCCUGGCCGCACUGACGGGGAACCUGUGGUACCGGGAGCACUGCGCCGUCGGCUUCUCAGGAGUUCUCUCACCGGCCACGUCUCUGGGAUACUGGCUGGGUUGGCCCUCUCCACCAUCCCUCUGAACUAGGGCAGCGACUGAAGAGGCGAGCCUCUGGAGGAAGACCACCACCCACCACCCGCAGGAGCCAUCAGCGCCGGCCCCCCACCCACCAUCUCAAUAAAGCUGCCCUCCCUCUCUC